GAAGGGGUCAAAAAGAUAAGGUGGAAGAAGAACUAAAGUGGGAGAUGAUGCUCGUGAAUUGAACAAAUAGAGACUAAAUAGACCCCCCUCUUUCCCUUUCAACCUUUGCUUAUUUCUUCUCUGAAGGUUCCUUUUUUUUUUCCAAUCAAAUAAGCAAGUGAUUAACCUGAAUCUUCCACCCAAAUUCAUUUCUUUUUAUCUGCUUCUUUCUCAUCAUCUUCUUUCUUUCUAUUAUUUGAGGUAAGAUUAAUCUUUUCCCCCCUUUUGCUUUAAUUUUUAUCUUUAUAUUGUCUAUUUUCAUAACCAAUUGCUUGUAUUUUAUUCAAUUUUCACCUUUUUGUACUUAGCUUUGAACUGGGUUUCAGUUAUUUUUGUUGAUUAUUUGAGAAAGUUAGUGUCUUGACUUGAGUUUUUAUGGGUUAGGGUUGUAAGUUUUUCCUGUUUGAUUAUAUCAGUUUGUGUAGAAUUUUUGUCUAAAAUUUCAAGGAAAUUGAAUCAUGGGUUCCCAAUUUGGGGAAUUUCCUGAAAAUUUUGUGAAUGGGUCGGAACCUGUUAAUGAAAUCAUGUCCCCUGGUUAUGAUGAAUCUCUAAAUUAUGCCAAUUUGUUCAAUUACAAAGACCCAUCUCAAGACCUAACUUCCUUGAACUUCCCAAGCCCUUUAGCUAAUCCGAUUCUACCCAACUUGAGCUCGUUCUCGGGGGCGAGCGAAGGGGUCGAAUUGUCUGAUGAUAGUGAUUCUGAUGAUGUUCUGAAGUACAUUAGCCAAAUGCUUAUGGAAGAGGAUAUGGAGCAGAAACCAUGUAUGUUCCAUGAUUCUUUAGCCCUUCAAGCUGCUGAAAAACCCUUUUAUGAUGCAUUGGGCCGGAAUUACCCUUCUUCACCUAAACAACACCCGCUUAUUGAUCAUAGUGUUGAUAGCCCGGAUGAUAAUUCUUGGAGUUCACCUAGUGAUUCUAGUGGCAGUAGUUGUAGUUCUAGUUCAAUUUCAACCAAUUCUGUGGAUCCUACAAUGGUUGCUGAUUUAAGUGACCAUAGUAAGCCCUUGGUUACUCAAGCUCGUACAAUUAGUUCGUAUUCCCAGCCAUCAAACUUUUCUCACUGGUCGUUUGGCUCAUCAAGUUCCGUUGGUGGAACUACUUCUAACGAUUUGAUGAUGUCCUCUCUCGGUUUUCCAAUGGGUAUGGAUUUAUUCAGUGAUAAAGAAUCCAUAAUUCAGUUUCAGAAGGGGAUGGAGGAGGCUAGUAAGUUCCUCCCUAAGAACAAUAAUAUUUUUAUUGAUCUUGAGAACAUCAACGUUCCUAAUGAAGCAAAGUGUGAUGCUUCAGCUGUGGUUGUUAAGAAGGAAACUGGUGAUAACUCGCCUGAUGAAUCAAGAGGAAGUAAGAUUCACUAUCGUGAGGAUGAGAAUAUUGAGGAAGGCCGGAGUAGCAAGCAGUCAGCUAUAUCGAUUGAAGAAGAGGCUGAGUUGUCUGAAUUGUUUGAUAGGGUCUUGCUAUGCCCUCCUAGUACUCAUGAGGCUCAUUGUACCAUGGGCUUGGACUCCAAGAAGGGCUCAACCCUGCAGGCUAGCCAACCACAGGGAGGUAAGGGUCGUCCAAGGAAACAAGUUAAUAGUAAAAAUGUUGUGGACUUAAGGAGUCUGCUUAUCCUCUGUGCCCAAUCUACUGCAUCAGAUGAUCGUAGAACAGCUGAUGAAUUACUUAAGCAGAUUAGAGAGCACUCUUCUGCUGGAGGGGAUGGAUCCCAGAGGUUGGCCCAUUAUUUUGCUAAUGCUCUUGAGUCCCGCUUGGCUGGAACUGGGUCGCAGAUCUAUACUGCUCUGAAUUCCAAGAGGACCUCAGCUGCAGAUAUGAUAAAAGCAUAUCAGUUCUUCAUUCGCACAUGCCCAUUUAAGAAGAUAUCUAUUGGCUGUGCAAAUCAUAUGAUCUUAAAAGCAGCUGAAAAAUGUUCAAAACUUCAUGUGAUUGAUUUCGGCAUCCUCUAUGGUUUUCAGUGGCCUGUCCUUAUUCAACGCCUGUCAGAGCGACUUGGUGGACCCCCAAAAUUGUGUAUUACCGGGAUUGAUCUUCCCCAGCCUGGGUUUCGUCCAGCAGAGAGAGUUGAGGCAACAGGACAUCGCUUGGCAAAGUAUUGUGAACGGUUUAAGGUCCCUUUUGAGUAUCAUGCGGUUGCACAAAAAUGGGAAACAAUUAGAGUCGAGGACUUGAAGAUAAAAAAUGAUGAGGUUGUUGUGGUUAAUUGCUUAUAUAGGUUCAAGAACCUCCUUGAUGAGACAAUAGUGGUUGAUAGUCCAAGAAAUGCAGUUCUCAAUUUGAUUAGGAAGAUAAAGCCUACUAUGUUUAUCCUUGGUGUCGUGAAUGGAUCUUACAAUGCUCCAUUUUUUGUCACGCGUUUCAGAGAGGCCUUGUUUCAUUACUCCACCCUAUUUGAUAUGUUUGAUACCAAUGCCUCCCGGGAUGAUCCUGAGAGGUUCAUGUUCGAGAAGGAAUUUUAUGGGCGGGAGAUCAUGAAUGUUGUAGCAUGUGAAGGCACAGAGAGAAUUGAAAGACCUGAGACAUACAAGCAGUGGCAGGUCAGAAAUAACAGGGCAGGAUUUAGACAAUUUCCAUUCGACCAAGAUCUUAUUAAUAAACUGAGGUGCAAAGUCAAGGCAAAUUACCAUCGAGACUUCGUCAUUGAUGUUGAUGGAUAUUGGGCAUUGCAAGGAUGGAAGGGUCGGAUAACCAAUGCGAUCUCUGCAUGGGUCCCAGCCUAGGUACAGGUUAAUGCAGCACGCCUCAUUACUUACAGGAUGCUGCAUCAGUAUCUGUAUUUUCUGAAGGUUUGUUUUAGUGACAAUGAGUAGGGUGGAAGCUAAUUCGCUUAAAAUUACAGGCAAUGAAGCAUAUGAUAUUGGUACUACGCUGCUGAAAUGUGGUAUAUAAAUAGUGUAGAAUGAACUUUGCAGGUUGUUUCUUCGUGUGAGUUUUUUAUGUUAGCUUUGUAUUGUUUGUUAGAUCUUAGAUGUUAGUCUUAUAAUUAGGAUCUCAGGAGGCAAGUACUUGUAUUUGCAACUUUUGUUAUUGCGCAAGUAAAGCAAACUGUGAUCUGUUGUAAUGUAAGUUAGAAGUUGAGGUCAUAUGAUGUACUUCUAUAAUGUAUAAUGUACUAAUGCACUGGCAAUUAAUUCAAUUUUGUGGACUA